AUGUGCUCAAAUAGUGAAGGCGCAAGCAUCAAGGACAUCAAAGGGAACAACGCAAUGCACAGCUAUUUCAACCCAACAUCUUGUGCUUGGGAUCUACGCCAACAAUCUGGGCGCAAGCUUCCGCAUUCUUAUAUCGCUGGUGUCUCCUCUGAGCCCAUGCCUCUCCCAUUGCCAGUGCCCGUCGCCAGUGUUCUUUCGGAACCUGUGCAUGGUCCCUCGUCAUCUGAUGAUACCAUCUUCGCCACCGCCACUCCUCCCACCACUUCUACCGCCACCGAUACCCUUAAUGAUACCCUUAAUGAUACCCUCACUCAUACCCUCAAUGAUACCAUUACUUAUACCACCACCACCAUUACCACCAUCCAUCCUUGGGACUUGAUGACCCACAGCAAGUGGUCAAAGUUGGGUGGCGCUCACACCAAGCGCGAAUUCAAGUGGAAGAAGGAGCAGCUUGAUCUCCUACAAGUUUUUGGCAAUGCAAGCCAAACAAUGCUACGUUUACAACUACAGCAAUUGCUGAUCACGGUGGGUCCAUCGCCUACCAACUACAUCAUCAUCAAAGUAGCAAGUAACGAGAAACAAAGCAAGCUGGAUACCUUGCAGCAAAAGGUGGAUUGGGCUAUAAAACCAGUAGCAGCCGAGGAUCUCCAUUUCGCGGUUGCUCAUACAAGCGGAGAAUGGUCUUCUGAGCAAGUCCAUCAACUUGCCCAAGAAGUAAAGCAGUGUCUGCAGGCAUCAUCAUCAUCAUCAGAAGCAGCAGUAAACGAAUCAUUCAAAUGCAACAAAAUUGCAUUUCUCAAUACUGACAACAGCCGAAGACAAGUACUUGGGGUAGCACUCCAAGAUGCACAUAGUGCCGGCCACAAAAUGAUCGGUAUUAUCCAGGAUGCCUUCCAAACCACCAAAGGCAUCAAUAUGGAAGAGACGCCUCAUAUUACGCUUUUGAAGCGUAUCAGCAACAAAACACAAUCAGCACAAUCAAGGAACGAUAAGGUAGAUGAAGUGGUCAAGGACGAGCUCCCAAACGACUAUGAUUAUUUAGGCGAGUUAGAGAUUAAAGAAGUCAUCUUUGGAGAUACAGGCACCUUUAUGUUUUCCAUAUAUUGUGCGCUAUCAGCCAUUUCCUCACAAUCAGCGUUGUUGCAAAAUCCGCUGCAUGUGAACGAUUCUCCUGCUCCAGCCGAGCAUUUCCAUCAUUCAAGUUUCUUGAUCCGAGCCGAUUUGACUGAGCUACGCUAG